GCUUCUUAAAUUUGUACAGAAAAAGUUUGUGCUCCCUCCAGAGAGCCAUGAUUGGGUGCUAAAGUCCCUCAACCGCAAAUGGAAAGAAUAUAAGUCGAAGUUGAAGGCCGACUGGAAGCGCGGGGGUAUGACAGAGGAGGAGGUUGCUCGUGUUUGUCCUCCUGAUGUAUACCAUCAUCAGUGGAGGGAGCUUGUUCACUAUUGGUUUUCCGAGAGAGGACAGGUUGUGUAUUCUCUCUCAAUACCUUAUAUAAUGUUUAAUAUAUUUAAUAUAUUACAAUGUUUACUUUUUUCGUGGUAGAUAUAUUCUGACAUUGGUCGAGCCGCACGAGCAUCUCAGACAAUUCCUCACACUUCAGGCUCGAAGAGUUAUGCGAGGCUCAGAGCUGAAUUCAUGGAAGACCAUGGGAGGAAACCUGGUGAGGUGGAGUUCUAUAAGAUGACUCACACCCACCGAGAUGGCAGCUUUGUCCGAGAGGAGUCGAGAGAUAUAGUUGACAGAGCUACAUCCCUUAUUUCAGAGCGUAUCGGAGAGUCAUCUUCAAUCGGCAACACCAGAGGUGUCGAAGCUCAGGUGUUUACCGAAUUGAUGGGCUCGGAGCGUUAUAGUCGAGUGAGGGAUUAUGGCGUUGGAGUUACCCCCACUCAGUUGUCUGCAGUGGGUAGAUAUACUCAAGAUGUUAGACAGAGUAGUAGCACUGCAGAGGUUAAUGAUCUGAAGGCAGAGAUAAAAGAGUUGAAGCAGAGCCACCAGACAGAGAUGCAAUCUUUGAGGGCUCAGAUUAAUCAGAUUACAUCUUUGUUGCAUCAGUUUGUCCCUCCUCAGGUUCCUGAUACUUCAUCUGCACGUAGAGAUGGUGAUGCUAGCGACCCCUGAAGCAUUUAUUUUGGAGUUUAUAUGUAUUUUUUUAUGCUUUUUGAAGUACAUUGUAAACAUAAAUUGAUAGUAUGAAUGUAAUUUGACAAUAUGAAUGUUUAGAUAAAUAUGUUUGAUUUUGUGUAUA